GCCGAGCCGAUGACGCCCUUCUUCGUCGCUGGCCUCAUCGUUCUGUACGGUGUGAACGCCGGUGCGAACGCCAUGAUGGACAGCGAGGAGUUCAGAAACGAUCCGCGUAAGUGCCGCUGGACAGCCGGAACCUGCCAGAAGAAGCGCGUA